AUGCAGAUGCUCACAAAGUUCGAGUCCAAAAGCAAUCGCGUCAAGGGCGUGGCCUUUCAUCCAAAGCGACCAUGGAUCCUUGCAGCCCUCCACAACGGCUCGAUCCAGCUGUGGGACUACAGGAUGGGCACCCUCUUGGAGCGCUUUGAUGAACACGAUGGUCCCGUCCGAGGAAUCGCGUUCCAUCCGUCGCAGCCACUGUUUGUAUCGGCAGGAGACGACUACAAGAUCAAGGUGUGGAACUACAAGACGCGUCGCUGCCAGUUUACGUUGACGGGCCAUCUGGACUAUGUCCGCACCGUGUACUUCCACCACGAAUACCCCUGGAUCCUGAGUUGCUCAGACGACCAGACGAUCCGCAUCUGGAACUGGCAGUCGCGCAACUGCAUCGCCAUCCUGACCGGACACAACCACUAUGUGAUGAGCGCGCAGUUCCACCCCAAGGAGGAUCUUAUUGUGUCGGCGUCGCUGGACCAGACCGUGCGUGUCUGGGACAUCUCAGGACUGCGAAAGAAGAACGCGGCGCCAGGGACGGUUGCGUACGACGAGAGCGCGCAUCGUGCCUCACAGCAGGCGGACAUCUUUGGAAGCACGGAUGCUAUUGUAAAGUACGUUCUCGAGGGCCACGACCGCAGCGUCAACUGGGCGACAUUCCACCCUACCCUGCCGCUGAUUGUGUCUGCCGGCGACGAUCGCCAAGUCAAGCUGUGGAGGAUGAAUGAAACCAAGGCUUGGGAGGUUGACACCUGCAGAGGCCAUACAAACAACGUAUCGUGCGCGAUCUUCCAUCACCGGCAGGAGCUCAUUAUUUCUGUUGCCGAGGACAAGUGCAUCCGGGUGUGGGACAUGUCCAAGCGCACAGCGGUUCAGACCUUCCGACGCGAGCACGACCGAUUCUGGGCGCUGACGGCCCAUCCUGAGCUUAACUUGUUUGCAGCCGGUCACGACAAUGGGCUGAUUGUGUUCAAAUUGGAGAGAGAGCGGCCAGCGUAUGCUGUGCACCAGAACAGCCUGUACUACAUCAAGGACAAGUACCUCCGCGUGCACGACUAUUCCAACUCUCAGGACACGGCUGUUCUCUCUGUGCGCAGGACAGGAUCGCAAUUUGUGCAGCCGAGGGCGCUGUCGUACAACCCGGCAGAACGCGCGGUGUUGGUCACGUCGACGGCUGAUGGAGGCACGUAUGAGCUGUACAGUCUUCCCAAGGAGAUUGGGGGCGAUGCUCGGGAGCCUACGGGCGACGGCAAGCGUGGCUCAGGCAAUUCGGCGAUCUUUAUUGCGCGCAACCGCUUUGCAGUGCUGGAGAAGGCGAACCAGACAAUCACGAUCCGAGAUCUGCAGAACAACAGCACCAAGUCGUUCAAGACCCCGAAUGUGGUGAACGAGAUCUUUUAUGCGGGCACGGGACAGCUCUUGCUCAGCACGCCUACCUCUGUGAUCCUGUACGAUAUCCAGCAGCGCAGGACCAUUUCCGAGGUGACGACGCCCCCGGUCAAGUAUGUGGUGUGGUCGGCGGACAUGGCCUAUGUUGCGCUUCUCAGCAAGCACACGAUCACGAUUGCCACCAAGUCGCUGGAGCAGACGUGUCUUAUCCACGAGACGAUCCGCAUCAAGAGCGCGGCGUGGGACGAGAGCGGGAUCCUGAUCUACUCGACGCUGAACCACAUCAAAUACGCACUUCCUCAGGGGGACAAUGGCAUCAUCCGCACCCUUGACCAGCCCAUCUACCUGACACGGAUCCGAGGCAAGAAUGUGUACUGUCUGGAUCGGGACGGCAAGACGCGCACGAUUGCGAUCGACCCGACCGAGUACCGGUUCAAGCUGGCGCUGACGAAGCGCAACUAUGACGAGGUUCUGCAGAUCAUUCGUAACUCCAACCUGGUGGGACAGUCGAUUAUUGCGUACUUGCAGAAGAAGGGAUACCCUGAGAUUGCACUCCACUUUGUGCGUGAAGACAAGACGCGGUUCGAGCUUGCGCUGGAGUGUGGCAACCUGGAGGUCGGACUGGAGACUGCCAAGGCGAUGAACAAGGACGAGUACUGGAACAAGCUAGCACAGGAGGCGCUCCGUCAGGGCAACCACCAGAUUGUGGAGCUGUGCUACCAAAGAGUCAGGAACUUUGACCGGCUCUCGUUCCUCUACUUGGCGACGGGCAGUGCCAACAACCUGUCCAGGAUGUUGAUGAUUGCAGAGAAGCGAGGCGAUGCCAUGUCGCGGUUCCACAACUCGCUUUUCCUGGGCAAUGUGGAGGAGCGCGUCCGUCUUUUGCGGGAGGUUGGUCAAGCACCGUUGGCAUAUCUGACUGCAAGGACACAUGGCAUGGACGAGAUUGCAGACGAGAUCCUCGAGAGUGCUGGACUUACCCCUGAGGACGUUGCAGAUCUGCCUAGCCAGGGCACGCUGCUGGUGCCGCCGAGACCUUUGAUGCAAGUGCACGACUCGAACUGGCCCCAGCUAGCGGUCUCGCGCAGCUACUUUGAGAGCGUUUUCUCUGGAGACAUGGAGGGGGUUGCAGCGCCAGAGCCGAUCGCUGCAUCGGAGCCCGAGGCUCAGGCGGAUCAGUGGGGCAUGGAUGACGAGUUCAGUGUCCCAUCGGCGGGUCAUAACGGAACUUCACUGGCUCCUAUGGCCAACGAUGGACUGGACAUGGACGGCGAUGGUGGAUGGGAUCUGGACGCAGACCUUGCAGCAGAGCUCCAUGCAGAGACAGGGGCGAUUGUUGCAGAGGACAGCGGGCUGACGAUUCCAGUUGCAGGCCAGAGUGAGGCUGAGAUCUGGUGCCAGAACUCGCCCUUGGCUGCGGAUCAUGUCGCAGCAGGCGCGUUUGAGUCAGCGAUGCAGCUGCUGAACCGCCAGGUUGGUGCUGUCAACUUUGAGCCGCUGAAGGACCACUUCCUGUCCAUCUUCCAAGCCAGCCGUGCGAUCGUCACAGGAAACGAAGGGAUGCCCUCGAUCAUGCUGCCAGUGCGGCGCAACCCUGCAGAGACCGACCAGAGAAAGGCACUGCCUGUGCUGGUCAAGAGUUUCCAGUCGCUGAUCAGCAAGGAGCUGCAGGACGCAUACAAGGCGACGACAUCGAACAAGCUUACAGAGGCGUGCACAUUGUUCAGAGGAAUCCUGCAUUCGCUGCUGUUGACAGUGGUCACCCAAGCAUCAGAGGCAGAGGAGGUGCUUCAAUUGGUGGGUGUCUGCCGUGAAUACAUCCUCGGACUGAGCAUUGAGCUGAGUCGCCGUGAGGUGCAGAACGAUGGGUCGGCGGCAGGCGUCAAGAGGAUGCUGGAGCUCGCGGCGUACUUCACAGGGGUCCAGCUCCAGCCUAGGCACAUGAUCAUUAGCUUACGCACGGCCAUGACGGCCUGUUACAAGCACAAGAACCUGCAGUCUGCACAGACGUUUGCACGUCGCCUGUUGGAGCUGGCUCCUCCUGGGCAGGCAGCGACGCUAGCACGGCAGAUCCAGCAAGUUGCUGAGCGCAACCCACGGGACGAGAUCCAGCUGGACUACGACCAGUACAACUCGUUUGUUGUGUGCGGCAUCUCGUACACGCCCAUCUACCGCGGGUCGCCCAGCGUGCAGUGCCCGUACUGUCGCGGCCACUUCAAGCCAGAGUUCCAGGGCAACCUCUGCACAAUCUGCGACAUCUCGCAGGUCGGCGGCACAGGCACAGGCAUGGUGGUCCUUCCUUAGACGGCAUUGCGCAACCAUGCCAGAGUUCUUUCUCUCUUUCUCUACAAUUUGUCUACAGUUCUGUUACCCUUGAGAAUCAAUCCCCCACAAUAAUAAAAUGAGUAACAU